CAUCCAUUCCAUUCUACUACCUCGAACUCAAGAUGAGGUUCUCCCUCUCCACCGUCUUGCCAUUGGCAAUGGCCAUUUCAGCCUCUGCCCAGGGAACAACUAGUGUCUACACCGAGCCCAAGACUGGUAUCGCAUUCGAGACAUAUAUGGAUCCCACCGGCUAUGCCUUCGGUAUCGCCCUUCCCACUACGCCAUCAACCGAUUUCGUCGGUCUCUUAGUCGGAAAAGGAAAGGGAUGGGCUGGCGUCUCCCUCGGGGGGUCCAUGAUAAACAAGCUAUUGAUAGCCGCUUGGCCAAGCGGAACCAGCCUCAUCUCUACCUUCAGAGAAACUCCACGCAUCGGCAACCCACCCGAAGCAAACGGAUCCUACACCAUGACCCCCAUCGCGGCCGGAACAUACACAAACGCAACCCACUGGUCCUACGCCUUCCUUUGCAAAGGCUGCAUUCUCGCAGACGGCACGACCUUUGCUUCGAACGCCAGCACCGAUGUUCUGGGAUGGGCUUUCGCUACCGCGGCUCCUACCAUGCCCGCUGCUCAUGGCAGUGCCUUGCCGAAACAUAGCACGCAGGGUAAUUAUGGGAUGAGCUUUUCAGCUGCUAGGACUGCGAAAUAUGCUACGUAUGCGGCGUUGGCGGGUGCUCCUGCUACUACCCCGAGGGCAUUCAAUGCUUAGGGUUGUGAAGGAAGUGGUGGUUCAGUCGAUGGAGAUAGGAUGGAAAAUG